AUGCGCAUUGUUCUUCACGACCGCGUGCGCGGCCAUCUUGUCAGAGUGACUUCGAAGUGUUGUGGCAAAGUUUCUUUGCCCUUUAUCUAAUUUUACCGCCUUUACGUCCACAACUGACCGAUGCCUACCAAGUUAUUUGUCGGUAACGUCUCGGACUCCACCACCGAGGACGACCUGAGGGUAGCUUUCGAAAAGUACGGUCCUGUUACUGAGGUUUCAAUUAUAAGAAAUUAUGCAUUUGUGCAUUACGAAAAGAAGGAAGACGCCGAAACUGCGAUCAAAGAGCUGCACGAAACCACCCUAAAAGGAAAUGAAAUAAGAGUGUUAAUGUCGACUACUCCACACAAGAAUGGAAGCGGCCGUUCCGGUCGAGGGAGAGGACCUCCGUAUCCCAGAGAACGCGACAGACGCGGCCCUCCGCGCUGGGACUAUGGCCCUCCACAGUCUGACAGACGUUACCAUCCGUAUGACCGUGAUUACAGAGGCUCUUAUUCGUACGGCGGCAGAGGAUACGGUGGAUACGGGUAUCAAACUCCAUACGACACGGACUAUUCGCGUGAUUAUUCCAGGGACUACCCGCCUAGAAGCUACCCACCCUCGUCAUCUUCUUACUACUCCUCCGACUACAGAUAUGGUGGAAGUGAGAGACCCGUGACCUACCCUGAUGUUAAGAGGCAGCCUUCCUCAUGGGAUCGCUAA